AUUGGCUCAGUGACGUCAGGGCAGCGCAGGACUCACUCCAGCAGCGGUGUGUUCUCCCUCAACAAACGCGAGCAAUGCGCGCACGGGAGAACCGAACGACAGCGAAACACGCUCCACAGACCGGCGCUCGCCGCGGAUUAAACGGGGAAAGUCUUCAAAUCAUGGCCGAGACGGCGAAGAAGUAAAGCCUGACGCGUUUGAGUACGGACCGCGCUCUGAUUUUGCGUACUAGACGCGCACGAGUAUGCACGAGCCCAGCUGAUCGAGACUCGAACCCGCAGCGUUUAACCCGACGAACCACUACUCGACUCCAUAACACUGCUCGUUCCAGAAACGGCUCAAAUUAGCUCAUUAGUUCGGAUCGCGAGCUAAUUAAUGAUGGCGGGGAAGCUGACAGCGCAGGGCGCGGGAAUAUUGCUGGUUACUGCCAACGUUGGAUCACUGUUUGAAGAUCCGGAGAACCUGCAGAAGGCGUGGCUGCGGGAGUUUUGCCAGACUGUUCAAGCACACAGGCCGCACUUUGUGGCGGUUCACUGUCAGGAAGUAGGUGGGAAGAACUACGAAGCAUCCAUGGCACACGUGGACAGCUUCAUCAAAGAGCUGCUGUCCAGCGACGCCAUGAAGGACUUCAGCCGUGCGCGUGUCUACCUCGACAAGAACUACAAAUCCCAGGAGCAGUUCACAGCAUUAGGAUGUUGCUACUUCCUCCAUGAAUCCUUGAAAAACAUCCAGCAGUUUGAUUUCAAAGCUAAGAAGUUCAAGAAGGUGGUUGGGAAGGAGAUUUGCUCGGACGCUCUGAAUAGCACAGCCAUGCUGGAGAAGGAGAAGUUUCCUCAAGACUAUUUCCCCGAGUGCAAGUGGUCCAGAAAAGGCUUCAUCAGAACCCGAUGGGCCCUGGGUGACUGUGCCUUUGACCUGGUGAACAUCCACCUGUUCCAUGAUGCGUCUAAUUUGGUGGCGUGGGAAAAGAGUCCCUCUGUCUACUCAGGCACGCGGCAGAAAGCGCUCAGCUUUGUGCUGGACAGGAUCACAGAUCAGCGGUUCGAGCGACUGCCGUAUUUCGUCUUCGGUGACUUUAACUUCAGGUUGGACUCCAAGCAGGUCAUUGAGAGUCUUUGCUCGACGGCCACCAUGCAGACGGUGAGAGCCGCCGACACCAAUGAAGUCGACAAACUCAUCUUCAGAGAGUCAGACAAUGACCGCAAGGUUGUCCUACAGCUGGAAAAGAAGUUAUUUAACUACGUUAACCAGGACGUUUUCCGGGAAAACAAUGGAACGCUGCUUUUAGAGUUUGACAAAGAGCUGGCUGGGUUUAAGGACCGUCUGCAUGAGCUGGACAUCUCGUUUCCUCCGAGUUAUCCAUACAGUGAGGACUCCAGUCAGGGAAAGCAGUACAUGAACACUCGAUGUCCCGCCUGGUGCGACCGAAUCCUCAUGUCCGCCUCGGCCAAAGACCUGCUCGUAAAGCCAGAGAAUGAGGAGAAAUCAAUAACGUAUGACAACAUCGGACCCAAUGUGUGUAUGGGGGACCACAAGCCGGUCUACUUGUACUUUCGGUUAAGCACAGGGGCAGGUAAACCUAAUGCAAAUAAGCACAAGUGUUGUGUCGUGCAGUGAUGUGGAAAAUGGUGCCAAAGGGUGGAGAAGAUUUCAUGAAAAGCGGCCCUGUGAGAAGCUCCGACACGGGUGGAUGGACACACACACACACACACACACACACAUACACAUACACACACACACAACCACACACGCAAACAGAGGACCCUGUAAAGACUUUUCAGCAGGACUGACCAGUCGCAUUUGUCGCAGUGCAUGCAAUCAUGUCCAUAGAAACGACACAUUGAGUUCAUGAAUGCUUCAAGAGUCGAGAUCAUGGACACACACACACACACACACACACACACUCUUAAUGCGGCAUGCAUCUGUCAUGCAGCGCUGCAUUUCCACUCAAACGCCAUCAGAUGCUCUUCUCUGACGUCUCUCAGCCUUGUUUCCAAAACUCUAAUAUAGACCAUCAGAAAUACUCUACAGAUUUUAAAAAGCAUACUUGCAAUUUUUAGAUAUGCCUCAACAUAAUAUUACGAGCUACUUCCAUACAGUAUGUAAGAUGUUUUAAAAAGUGCAAUGCAAAAAAAGUUGUUGUAUUUCUCUAUUGUUAGGUUUAUUUGUACAUUGGAUUAUGACAUAGAGGUGUGCUGAUUUUUAGUGCUGUUUGAUGGAGAUUUCGAGACUUUCUCUGUGUUAGAAUAGAUAGGUAUAUUCUGUUUAAGCAUUUGUAUGAUUUUCUUUCUUUAUGGACUAUUGUUUAUCUUUGUUUUUUUGAUUUGUUGUUGCCGACUUGUCGAAACACUCUGCCGUGCCGCAUACAACCGCCGAGUCUCAUUUUAUAUACUGUACUUUUUAAAGAGAUAAUUUAUAAUUCGUACCAAAACUCUUAUGCUGACAUAUUGAUAUGAAAGGCUGCUUUGGGUGUAAAGUUUCAAAUGUUUGAAUAGUUAUAAACAAACAAUGAAAUCCACAUCAUUAUUAGCAGAAUAUGCCAUUUCAGCCAAUAUGAUUUAUAUAUAUAUAUAUAUAUAUAUGUAUAUAUAUAUAUAUAUAUAUAGCGCCAAUUUAAUUAUUUUUUUUUUUUAAGCAGUGCCAUAAACCAUGCAAGUAUAUAAGAUAGUUUCAAUAGCAGUCUUGCUCGGUUAUUACAGUACUGUUCUUAUUCUAACUUAUUUCUGUGUAAUAAUGUUAUGGUUCUGAAUGUGAUAUUUUAAUAGGCCUGGGUAUCUUAAAAAUAGCUGUAUCCUUUUUUUUUUCUUUUCUUUUUUUUUUUGUAUGAUUUUUUUGUUACUAUAUUAUUGUGCCGUGGUGCCAACUAUUGAAUUGAACUCAGUCAAAUGUAGAGUUUAAGUUCUGAUGGCAUUAUGCAGGAAAAACACUCAAAUUAAGGACCAUGAGAAAUUUCUUUACACUUUACUUUACAAUGUCAGUUUCACACAUGAGUAACCGUGUCUUUUUACAAACAUAAUCACAUAUGAAGUACAUGUUUUAGUAUUUUACUUAAAUUGCACAGUUACACGAACACUGUAAAGUAAAGUGUGAGUGUUUCUGUUUAAUUCCUUGUGUAUGUUCUCAGCAUCAGUGCCGUGUGCUCCUCCUGAUUUAAUUCACUACACUACAGAGUCGACAGACUGUGUGAAUCCGUUAGAUUGAUCUUUCAUAUCAGUGGAAAUGAUUUUGUGUCGCCUUGACAGUGAUUUGGUUAGAAAAACUGCUUGUUAACUGUUUUUUCCCCAGCAGGUCAGGUGAUAGGAUUCACUCUUUUCUUUAAGCAGAUAGCGAUUAGACCUCGUGGAUGGCAAGACCUCCAAAAGCAAUAAAACCAUUAGAACUCAA